UUUCCGUCGGAUGUAGAGUGAAGAGCAACAUGUCGGGUUUCAGACAGACACCGCUAACUUGUAGUGGCCAUACCAGACCUGUUGUUUAUUUGGCAUUUAGUGAAAUAACACCUUUUGGCUACUUCUCAAUAAGCGCGUGUAAAGAUGGAAAACCCAUGUUGCGGCAAGGAGAUACAGGGGAUUGGAUUGGAACGUUUGAUGGUCAUAAAGGAGCCGUGUGGGGCGCUACCUUGAACAGAGAUGCUUCCAGGGCUGCUACUGGAGCAGCAGACUUUUCAUCGAAACUAUGGGAUGCAGAAAGUGGAGAGGAAUUACAUACAUUUGCUCACAAACACAUCGUUAAAUCAGUUAACUUUUCAUCAGAUAGUAAAAAGCUGUUAACAGGCACUCAAGCCAAACUAUGUAGAAUUUAUGAUUUGGAAAAUUACGAUGCAGAACCUGCUGUUAUAAGUGGUCAUACUGGUAAUGUUAGAGCUGCAUUAUUUACACCUGAUGAUAAAAAAUUUAUCAGCAUCUCAGAUGAUAAAACAGUCAGGAUAUGGGAUGCUAUUAAUGGUACAGAAAUCAAAAGGAUAGAUCUACCUGCAAUACCAAGUAGUCUUGAACUAGCUAGAAAAGGAAAAGUUUUCCUUGUAACUUAUGGUUCAACUACCAGUUUCUAUGAUGCUGAAACAUUUGAACAAAUUAAAGUUUUCACGGCUCCAUCACAAAUCAAUUCCUCAUCACUUCACCCAACAUCUGAUAUUUUCGUUUCUGGAGGAGAAGAUUUUAAGAUGUAUAAAUUUGAUUAUGAAAAUGGAGAAGAAAUAGAAUCUUUCAAGGGCCAUUUUGGACCAGUUCAUUGUGUUCGGUUUUCACCAGAUGGAGAAAUCUAUGCAAGUGGUAGCGAAGAUGGUACAUUACGACUGUGGCAAACAAACGUUGGACAGACAUACGGACUAUGGAAAUGUGUUAUGCCAGAUGAAGUAACAAAUAAUACUGAUUCUAGUCCAGUUAUCAUUAAAGCAGAAGCUUAAAAAGGAAUGUGAAAAACUUUAAAAUUAAUAAACAAACACCUGGAUUCGUCAACUGAUGGUACAUGUAAUCAAGUAUGCUGUGUAAUAUAUAUGUUCAAGUGAACAUUUCGUUAUAAACUUAAAUUCUUGUACAAAAUUAUUUAUUACAUUCAUUUAUGAAACAUUUUUUUCUCUGAAUUUUAAAUAGUUAAAAGACCGAAUAUCAUGUUCUGUUACAAGAAUGAAGAACAGCUAGCAAGACUUACAUGUAUGUGUCUAUUUCAAAUGGUGUUGAAUUUAAAUGUCAUUUAAGGAUAUGGUGUCAGUUUUUUUAACAUUACAUGUACUGUCAAUCUUUAUUGUGACUUCAAAUGUUAUUAGAUAUUUACUGUAUAAUGUCUAAUAAAUUGUCUUUCUUGCACACCUUUGUUCAAAUAUUCAGGCACAUGGAAGAAAUAAUAAAAAGAGCUCAUUUGUUGUUUUUUUUGCUAAGAAGUUUUCACAUAUAAUUAUACAUUCUUUUUAUGAAUUAUUUACUUUUAAUAAUAUCUAUAAAUAGUCCAGUCACAGUGCUCUCAUAUUCUUUCAUCAGUCAAACGGAACAAUUCUGGUUUCAAACAACCAUCAUAUCAAUGAUUUAUUUUGCCUUUUAAAAAUCAUGCCUGAUUAUUUAGAUGCUUGUGCUACAUGUAUGUAUUUCACAUUAGAUAUUUAAGAUAUAAUGUAACUAAGGACUUACAUAUUGAAUUUUCCAUAAAUUCAAAGAAUUGAAACUGUGUCUUUCAGCAUGUAAUAAAAUUAUUUGCUAUGUGA